AUGAUUAUUACAAACAAAACAACAAUCAAAGACUUCAUAAUACUUGGAUUCCCAGGACUUGACCCAAUGUAUUAUGGACCUGUAUGUACUCUUCUUUUCUUUACCUACAUGGCUAUUCUUGUUGGAAAUAUUUUUAUUUUAGUUUUUGUUGGAGUUGAGAGGCAUCUUCAUAAGCCAACAUAUCUGAUCUUCUGUAUGGCAACGAAUGAUUUGUUAUUUGGGACAGUGACCUUACCAAAAAUGAUUUCCAGAUAUUGGUGGGAUGACAAGAUAAUAUCUUUUGGUGCCUGCUUCACUCAGAUGUAUUUUGUUCAUUCCUUGGGAGCAAUUCAAUCUCUCCUUCUCCUUAUUAUGGCCCUUGAUCGUUUUAUUGCAGUUUGUUUUCCAUUAAAAUAUCCUGUUCUACUUACAAAUAACAUUGUAUCUAUGGCUUGCGGAUUGUCAUGGAUUUGUACAUUUCUUAGGAUGAUGUAUAUUGUAUUUCAUGCCCUAACCUUACCUUAUUGUAAAUCUAAUAUUGUGCAAUGUUAUUGUGACCAUACUUCAGUUAUAAACCUGGCAUGUGGUGGAGAUGUAAAAUAUGUUCAGACUGUUGCUCUCAUCCUUGCAAUGUUUAGUCUCUUGCUUCCACUUUCAUUUAUACUUUUUUCCUUUAUUUCCAUCUUUGUAGUUGUUUUAAGAAUAGGAAACGCAGAAGGACGAUACAAAACUUUAUCAACUUGUACACCACAGUUACUAAUUUCUUGCCUUUAUUACAUGCCAAGAUGUUUUGUUUAUCUAGCUCAUUAUAUAGGAUUCUCUUUCAGUUUGGACAUCCGCAUUUUAUUGGUAUUGUUGUACAGUCUUCUUCCUUGUGCUGUUAAUCCAAUCAUAUAUUGCUUCAAAACAAAAUAUAUCAAAGAUAUUUUGAUGAAGAGAUUGAAAAAUGCUAAAGUUGGAAUAAAGCUUCAUAGUAAUGCAUAG